AUGACCGGCGCCAAGCCCCUCGUCCUUGCCCUCUCCUCCCCAUCCUCCGGCUCCACGGAGGCCGCGGACGCGGCCGCAGUCAUCGCCGAGAGGUUCUUGCCGGACCUUUUAUACGCGGCGGAGAAGGCGAGGGAGAGGACGCACGAUGUGCCCAGGGAAGACGAGGAGGCAAAACUGAGUCUCAUGGCAAGGGUGGGCAAGUUGGUCGACAAGCAGGGAAUGGUUUCCAGCAUGUCUUGGAAAUGCACUGUGCAAGAAGAUGGGAAGCUUGCAAUCGACAAGGAAGCCAUUGCUGUUGGACAAUCUUUCGCCACGGUUAGAUGGAUCAUGGAAUGGGUAAGGGCUGAAGUGGAUACAUCCAAUGAGAAGGUCAGGGAAAGGGUGCAAUCAGUUGUCUUUGACAUGUCAAUUAGGAUCAACUUUGUUAGUUCACGUGCUCUGUUGGAAACCAGCCCUAAUGUAUUUCUCGUACACGUACACAUAUGUAGUCACCUGAACGAACAUCCUGCGCGUGUUGUACAUGACCGGUACGGCGGCCCUGAUGGGGAGCGAGAACCGCCAUUGGAACGCGGCGGUGAGCCCCUCGGUGAAGACCUGCGCGGAGAGCAGGAACGUGUGCGGGGCCACGGCGGCGAUCCCCGUGGUGUCCCCGGACCGGAGGCCGUCGAGGAUGUAGAGCGCCGGGAACGCGGCGCCGACGAGGAACCCGCCCACGAUGUGCGCGGCGAGGAGGAGGCGCUCGGGGCCGAGGAAGAUGGGCGCAGACGGGUUGGGCUUCCCGGGGCGCUGCGGGAAAUCUGCAAUUUUGGUUUUGUAGCAGCUGCUGUAGAACAGGAUUUUAUCACAUAUCCAGAGAAGGUUCUUGAAAUGAGGAAAGGCUUUAUUGUGCUCGGCAAGGAUGAUGAUUUUUGUGCAUGA